GCAUUAUUGAUUUAAAAACAAAUGAGCAGAAAAGUUUAAAUAAGACACUCCCACGAUCUGUCUCCUUUUCCAACACCUUGCUCCACAUUUUACAGUGGUGCAGAAGAAAUAUUGGACAUUCAUGACUAGUGGUGGGGGGAGGUAUAGAGAGAGACAGUUGGACUGAGAGGAGAGAAGAUAAAAAACUAUUCCUCGAAGAGGAAGUAAAGGCCAACGGACACGGGAGCAGAUACAGCCUCUCCCUGUAAGCCAAAGAAAGGCAAAUUUCAACCACAAAGGGAAGCUACUUCUGGUCUCCGGGAUUGGCAAAGAGGAAAAUGAGUGGCAGGACCUGAUGUGUCAGGGAAGGAAGGGGAGGGCCGGCUUCUGCGGCACUGCUGAUGGGAGUGGUAAUUGGGGUCCUGAUCUCACGGUUGACGUGGCCCUCACGUGAGCUGGAGCCGACGCGUGCAGACGUCCUUCUAAUCUUAGUCUUCGUUUGGUCCGGUUGCACUCUCUCUAUCGCCCAGAGGGCGAGAGGGCCUGUGGCCUGGGGGAAGGAGGACGAGGUUACUGCCUGGAUCCCAGCAGUAGGGCGCUGUGCCAUUUGGGAACAAAGGAAUAGUCUGCCUGGAAUCCCUGCAGGAAAAAAGGAUGUAACAGUGCCUGCAGGAAAAGUGCUUGUCAUUGCGGAUCUUGGGGCCGGAGGCCAGUCCAACCCUUGGAGCAGGAAGAUACGCAAAGUUGUCAAGAACCAAGUCAAGCUGCCUCAGAGCCGGCCAGCAGUAGCUGCAGACUCCGCCCGCGACGUGUUCGCGCUUCUCUGGGCCAGAGCGAGCCUGUUCUGUGCUCCGGUUAAGAGAUUUGUCCCGGCUAUACCAUGGGCCGCACUCGGGAAGCUGGCUGCGUGGCCGCUGGUGUGGUUAUCGGGGCUGGUGCCUGCUACUGUGUAUACAGACUGGCCUGGGGAAGAGACGAGAACGAGAAAAUCUGGGAUGAAGACGAGGAGUCUACGGACACCUCAGAGACUGGGGUUGAGACUGUGAAAGGAGCUAAAACUAACGUUGGGGCAGGGUCUGGGGCCAAACUUCAGGGUGAUUCAAAGGUCAAGCCUGAGGUGAGUUUGGGACUCGAGGAUUGUCCAGGUGUAAAAGAGAAGGCCCAUUCAGGAUCCCACAGUGGAGGUGGCCUAGAGGCCAAGGCCAAGGCCCUUUUCAACACGCUGAAGGAACAGGCAAGUGCAAAGGCAGGCAAAGGGGCUAGGGUGGGUACCAUCUCUGGGAACAGGACCCUUGCACCGAGUUUACCCUGCCCAGGAGGCAGGGGUGGAGGCUGCCACCCUACCAGGAGUGGAUCUAGGGCUGGGAGCAGGGCAAGUGGAAAAUCCAAGGGAAAGGCCCGAAGUAAGAGCACCAGGGCUCCAGCUACAACAUGGCCUGUCCGCAGAGGCAAGUUCAACUUUCCUUAUAAAAUUGAUGAUAUUCUGAGUGCUCCCGAUCUUCAAAAGGUCCUCAACAUACUGGAGCGAACAAAUGAUCCUUUUAUUCAAGAAGUAGCCUUGGUCACUCUGGGUAACAAUGCAGCAUAUUCAUUUAACCAGAAUGCCAUACGUGAAUUGGGUGGUGUCCCAAUUAUUGCAAAACUGAUAAAAA